AUUCAGAGUGGCUGGGACUGGAGAAAAAUAUCUGCUCUGCUAACGUUAGCGUCCACGGAGCUAACGGUAGGUAGCACUGGAGUAAACAUGGAGCUGUCUGCCGUCGGGGAGAGGGUUUUCGCUGCCGAGUCUAUCAUCAAACGGAGGAUAAGGAAGGGUCGGAUUGAAUAUCUUGUGAAAUGGAAGGGCUGGUCUCCCAAAUACAGCACUUGGGAGCCAGAGGAGAAUAUUUUGGACUCCCGCCUGUUUGCCGCUUUUGAGCAGAGGGAGCGUGAAAGGGAGCUCUAUGGGCCCAAAAAGAGAGGACCAAAACCCAAGACAUUUCUGCUCAAGGCUCAGGCAAAAGUUAAAGCCAAAUCCUAUGAGUUCAGGAGUGAUGCAGUCCGAGGGAUGCACAUCAGCUACCCAACCCCAGAGCCGGUUGUCACCCCCAGGGCUAGAGAGGGCCUUAGAGCUGUUGUUCCCACCAUCUUCCCACCCAGUACUGUCAACCGUGGAGAAAGCGUACGUGUCCGACCACCAGAACUUAGCACCCGUGAUCACCAGCAGCCUUCCCUUCAGCAAAUUGGUCCAGGCGGUCUUAUCCACGUACCCAAAAAAAGAGGCCCGAAGCCUAAGCCCCGCUUCAAGGACAGCAGCUGCAGCCCUGUGGCCUCUGAGCCCCACAAGAGGAAAGCAGAGGAGCAGGUGAGCCACGGUCCUCACAAACUGGCCAAGUUCCAGGGGGCUGAAGACAUGAGGCUGUUCAAAGUGGCCCACCGACAUCCAGAGAGCCACGGUCACAGCCAUAAACACCACCAUCACCACCACCACCAUCACCAUCAUCAUCACCAACACAACAGGGAACUCUCCAGUGGAAGCUCCUACAAGCAGCUCUACUCAGACCGCAGCCUGCACCCGCACAGGACAGACAUGGACACACACAGGACUAAGGAAGGAUCCAGCUACUUGGCACCGGCACACUUCAAGCACCAGCCCAAAAUGAGCCAGAGCCUGAGUCGCCCGGCUGAACUUCCACUGAUGGAAAAGCCUUACUUCUUGGACAGGCCGUCUCCAGCCAGGCUCGAUGACGACUUGGAUGAAGUGUCGUGGAGGCCGUCUCUGGGCAGCGUGGAAAAGGUCCUGGUGACGGACGUGACCACCAACUUCCUGACCGUCACCAUCAAGGAGAGCAGCACCUCUAAAGGCUUCUUCAAAGACAAAAGAUGAUUGUUUCACUGCUUCUUUUUUUUUUUUAAAUGUCACACUGUUUUCUCUGACUUGCAUCAGAAUCUGAUGUUUAUAGGACAUAGUGUGAUUAUAAAACAAAGCCGUUUUUUUGUAUGUAAUGUAUAAAGGCAAAUUACAUAAUGUGCAUAUGUGUAUAUAUUAUAAAGUUGGACGUCUAUUUAAUGUAUUGACCAAAUCAAAUGAAGUCCAUUUUACUUCAUGCAUUGGUGAACGUGAACGAGUUGCAUGUUUCCUUUGCAGCAGCUGGCUACUUUCUGUACAGAGCUUGUUAAUUUUACUAUUUUGCAAAUAUAACUAACUAGAAUGUAUUUUUUUCACUCUCUUAUCCUUCAGCCUGAGCUCGUGCUAGUAAGUUUUGAGAAGUGAGGAGGCUUGGAUGUUCAAUCCGAUCUGUGGUUUGAAUAUUUCUCUAUAAUUUGAACUGAUUAGACUGAAGAUACCCAGUUCAUUUCAAUAAGGUAUAUAUUUAAAAAAAAAAAAACUCAAGCACUUUGAAUU